UCGCAGAUCAAGGGCGUAUUUCGCUUAUACAGAACCUUGCGGCAUCGAAUCAAAUUUCUUCACCCAUUGAAAUUCAAAAUAAACAGACCUCUGGUAAUCUCAACGACAUUUCGUCGAAUGAAAUACAAGCAAUUCAUUUGCAAUGGCUGAGCUCUCGAUCCCACUCUUCUUUCCCCAAGAAGACCCAUCGUCGGACCUUGAAACCCCAACCCUAGCUCCUUUUCCCAUUCUCCCGGACAACCCCUUUUACGCUGAUUCUAUCUCCGACUCCGGCCGCGAGUCCGAUUUCCUACCGAACCUUCCCGAUAACCCCUUCUACGCCGACCCAGUCUCCGCUGCUGAGUCCGACUUUUGUUCUGAUUCCGUUCUUGGGUCAAUCGAGGAUUUUUACUUGUGGGGAUUGGAAGAUGAGAGUCAAGAUUCGAUCUUGACGAAUCUCGCAGACGGGCCACCGCUGUUUGUGCCCGAAUCACGCGCCGAUUCGGGGCUUAGGGUUGUUGGGAUCGAUUCGGAAUCCGAUCCGGACCCAGAACCGUACAAUGGGGUUAUUGAUAUGGACUUCGGGGACGACGAUACUGGCUGGACGGGUCGAGUCCACCAUUAUUUGGAAUCAGGUCUUGAUACUGUCUGGGACAACCUUUUCGAACAUCCCAGCCGAUCGCCACCACGAACGACCACUAACAACGAGGAAUCGGGGGAAUGGGAAGAAAUUAAUCAAAGAAUCAACGAGGAAUCGUCGUCGUUAUCAUCACUGUCUAUUUCUUCGGCGACUAUUUCGGCUCGAGAAAGCGAAUGGGAGUUCUUGCUGUCAGUCAACAUGAACAAUCCUGGUUUGAAUACGUUUUCCUUUCAAUACCCAAAUGACAGUAUUGAUGAUUCGUUCUCUUUGGAUGAUAUACUUUAUGAGGUCCUUUUUGGGCAAUUUCCGGACAAUGAGGAUGAGGUUGUUUGGAGGGGAAGCCCACCUGCGGCCAAAAUCGUGGUGGACAAUCUCCCAAUGGAGGAAUUGGAUGAGGAAGCAGUUUGUGCAGUUUGUAAGGAUGAUAUUUCAAGGGAGGAAAAGGUGAAAAGGUUGCCUUGCAAGCAUUAUUUCCAUAAGGACUGCAUUUUACCUUGGUUGGGGAUUCGCAAUACGUGUCCCAUUUGUCGGUAUGAGCUGCCUACAGAUGAUCUUGAGUAUGAGAGGAGGAGGACAGCGGAGAGGACUGCUAGCGAAGAUUCCAGGGAAGGUUUGCAACAUUUCCGAGACUUCCAAAUGUUUCAAUGAGUAUCACUCUCCACUGUAUGUAAAUACUAAAUACUUUAUGUAUUCGUGAGUUACUUAUUGUCUAUCUUUACAUGGGAUUAGAUUUUGUCAUGCAGAAUAAUUCUGCUAUAAUUGAGCAUAAAUUAUUCUAUGCUCGUUAAGAAUUGGUAAGAAAGCUAGUUUACAUGAGCUAUUUAUUUAUUUUGGAGAGAACUAGUUCAUAUGGUUUGAGAUUGAUUGAUAAAUCAUAUAUAAUAUUUUGAUCAAUUUUCGGGUGUUA